AUGAAUUCCCGCUCGCCCUCCUCCUCGGGGCUGCUCCCCCUGCCGUUUCCCGGCACCCCGUCCUCCUCAUGGCGCUUUUACCGUGCCCGGCUGUCUGCAUUCAUGCGCGAUCCCAAUACCUCGGUUUUGGUGGCAUUUUGGUUGUUUGGCCUAGUCAACAACAUCCUCUACGUUCUCCUGCUGACCGCAGCCCAAGACCUCGUCGGCCCGUCCAUCCCCAAAGCUCUCGUCCUGCUGGCAGAUGUGAUGCCCUCCUUUCUGACAAAACUCGUCGCGCCGUAUUUUAUCCACCUCGUGCCGUAUUCGAUCCGCAUAUUGGUGUUUGUGGCGUUAUCAUCGGGGGGCAUGCUACUGGUGGCACUCACUCCGAACACACAGUCUGUCGGGGUCAAAAUGGUCGGCGUGAUAAUAGCCAGUAUCAGCUCCGGCGGAGGAGAACUCAGUUUCCUGGGGUUGACGCACUAUUACGGCGUCAACAGCCUUGCGGCGUGGGGAAGCGGGACGGGAGCGGCGGGUUUGGUCGGGGCAGGGUUGUACGUCCUGAUGACUGACUGGCUGGGUAUGUCUGUCAAAAACAGCUUGCUAGUCAGCGCGCUGAUGCCCGGGGUCAUGCUGUUGUCUUUUUUUGUCAUCCUUCCUAGAGAGAGGAUAAAGCAGCAGACUGGAACAACAGGAUAUGAACCACUCCCCGGUCUCGACAGAGAUGACUCGCCAGAAAGUGAACGCGAAAUCGAUGCCUCUGCUGCAUCAGCAGCCCUUCUCUCUGAACCGGGCCCGUCAUCCGUCACCGCCUACCACAACAACCACCCCGGCGACAAAUCCGCCUCAUUCUGGGUCAAUCUCCGCCGCGCCAAGGCACUCUUCUGGCCUUACAUGCUUCCACUGCUGCUCGUCUACGUAGCAGAGUACACCAUCAACCAAGGCGUCGCACCCACCCUCCUUUUCCCGCUUGAGCAAUCUCCCUUUAACGAGUACCGCUCUUUCUACCCCUUUUACGGCUUCUUGUAUCAGCUAGGCGUGUUCAUCUCCCGCUCUUCGACGCCGUGGUUCAGGAUACACCACCUCUACUUCCCGUCGCUCCUUCAAGUCGGAAAUCUGGUGUUGCUUACGCUGCAUGCGUUGCUCAACUUUAUCCCGUCUGUCUACCUGGUGUUUGUCGUCAUCUUUUGGGAGGGGCUGUUGGGAGGGGCGGUGUAUGUGAAUACGUUUGCCGAGAUUAUGGACAACGUCCCUGUAGAGGACAGAGAGUUCAGUCUGGGUGCCACGUCGGUCAGCGACAGUGGGGGCAUAUGCAUCGCCGGGUUUAUUGGUAUGGCGAUGGAGGUGUGGCUUUGCGACUGGCAGGUGCAGCGGGGGAGGGAUUAUUGCCGGAGGGUAGAGGUGAGCUGA